CCAUUUUGUCUGGAGUAAUACAUUCGGAAAUAAACCGGAAUCGCAAGAAGCCGACAGGGAGAAGGAGAGGGAGAAGAAGUGAAGCAAUUUACCGUCAAAAAUGGACGGAACAAUUUAGUAUGUAAUUCUAAGGGGUGGUUCAACUGGACAGAUAUUUUUUAAAAAAGAACUUAUGUUGUCGGUCCUGACAAGAGACAGUAAGCCGAAAAGUACUAACGUUAGGCUAUCAAACCUGAACUGACAGUGCCUGGAUAGCAAAGUUAGCUAGCUAGCUGACGUUAGGUCGUAACGUUAACUGUUAGUCUAGCGUUAUUAACAUUUUAGCACAGUCUGCCGAGCCAGAUAGCACUGGCAUGUUAUUUUACGCUGAAACAACCGUGUUAAAAAGCCAAAACCCUUUGCGUCCUCGCCGGUUAGUAAGCUGAGUUUAAAUCCAACUAGUCUACCUAGCUAGCGGGAAAGUCUCAAGUAGCAAGCUAAUUAGCUAACUUGCCUAACAUAGGUUAUUGUACUCUAUAGCGUCAAACCUGGUUUGGGAACGUAUAACGUUAUAAAGCAAGUAAACAUUUUGUGAUUAAUUUUCUUGUUAAUGCAGGAAAUCUGUACGUGUAAUAAAUUAACAAACUAACAGUUAAAGCAGCUUGUUAAGUUGUCUAGCCUCUCUGUUAUCUCGCUGGUCUUCGUGUGAGGUAAGGCUAGGUAACAUUAGGUAGCUAGCUAGUAAGUUAGCCAUGUCAUUUGAGCUGAAUACCUGUGUUGCGUUUUGUUGUGAUUUGUCAGCUCAUAAGGUAGCUUGCUAGCCAGCCAGCAAACGGACUUUGCUUGCUUGCCAGAUAGCCGGUAGUAUUUCUUGACAGCUCUUCACUUUUCAAGGUUGCUCGGUAUCUAGCCAGACAACCAUGCACAUUUGCUGUAAGGUGACUGUCAUUUUUGGUUUGCAAACUAGAGUGCGAGACUUGUUCCUGGUUGAAAUCGCUUAGCUAACUUCAACGUUACAUAGCUAGUUAAGGUUAACUACUUAGUUACGUUUUAUAGUUUUGAUUUUUUUUCAUUAUUUUUUAACGGACCAUAGUUAAGUAGUAAAGAUCCGUUAUUUAAUUUUGCGUGGAUAGGUUUUUGGUUUACUUGGACGUUAACCCCAUGACUAGCUGCUCUAGCUAGCUGGCUAGCUAGACUCUGCAUUCACCGUAUGUUUUCUCGCAUCUUUUGCGUUUCAGUGUAUGUUUUUAUUUUCCGUCAGGUAACGUUAUUUUACACAAAAAUAUCCACCAGGUGAGAAAUUAUUUAAGAUCAAGUGUAGCUAGAUAACUAGCUAGCAGCGUUAAUCAACAUGUCGGGGCAGAGUAUCACCGAUCGGAUCGCAGCGGCUCAGCACAGCAUGACUGGAUCGGCUAUCAGCAAAGCAGUGUGCAAGGCUACGACACAUGAAGUCAGCGGACCCAAAAAGAAACAUCUGGAUUACCUGAUCCACUGCACCAGCGAGCUGAAUGUGAGCAUCCCCCAGCUGGCGGACACGCUGUUUGAGAGGACCGCCAACAGCAGCUGGGUGGUGGUCUUCAAGGCCCUCAUCACCACUCACCACCUCAUGAUGUACGGCAACGAGCGCCUUAUCCAGUACCUGGCCUCUAGAAACACACUCUUUAACCUGAGCAACUUCCUGGAUAAAGGUGCUCUGCAAGGUUAUGACAUGUCCACCUUCAUCAGACGCUACAGCAGGUAUCUGAAUGAGAAGGCGCUCUCCUACAGGCUGGUGGCUGUGGACUUCACCAAGAUGAAGAGGGGCACGGAAGGGGUGAUGCGCACCAUGAACACGGAGAAGCUGAUCAAGACCCUGCCCAUCAUCCAGAACCAGCUGGACGCGCUGCUGGACUUCCAGGCAAAUCCCAACGAGCUGACCAAUGGGGUGAUCAACGCUGCCUUCAUGCUGCUUUUCAAGGACUCCAUCCGCCUCUUCGCCGCCUACAACGAGGGCGUCAUCAACCUGCUGGAGAAAUAUUUUGAUAUGAAGAAGAACCAGUGCAAAGACGCUCUGGACAUUUACAAGAAAUUUCUGUACAGGAUGACCAAGUUGUCAGAGUUCCUGAAAGUGGCCGAGCAAGUUGGGAUUGAUCAGGGUGACAUCCCAGAUCUCACGCAGGCUCCCAGCAGCCUCCUGGAGGCCCUGGAACAGCACCUGGCUUCUCUGGAGGGCAAGAAGACCAAGGAGUUCUCCGCGGCCAGCAGGGCCAGCACCCUGUCCAACGCCGUGUCCUCGCUGUCCAACACGGGCAUGUCCUUCAGCCGCAUGGACGAGAAGGAGAAGCAGCAGGCCCUGGAGGAGGAGCAGGCCCGGCUGCAGUCCCUCAAGGACCAGCGUUUGAAGGAGAUUGGCAUUCAGACGCCCUCGGCCUCCCCCAGCGCCCAGUCCGUCGGCAGCACCAACAGCCACAGCGCCGCCAUGGACCUCUUCUCCAACUCCACCAUGCCCCCGUCUGCCAACAGCGUGCCAAACCUCAGCAGCGACCUGUUCGACCUCCAGCCUUCCUUCGUCCCCACGGUGCAGAGCACGCCGUCCAUAUCCACUGCAGGCACCAGCGCCUGGGGAGGUCUGGAGACCCAGCACGCCACAAACACCGCUGCCCUGGCAGCAAUGAAUGUAGAUUUCGAUGCCGUUUUUGGGACUAAAGUUGCCAAUAACGAUGUGAAGCCUGCAGCAGCUGGUUUCGAUGCUUUAGGGGAAGUGCUGAAGCCCUCGGUGCCUGUGCAGAGCCAGCCCCCCCCUAUGCCUGUGCACUCGGGGAGCAAACUGCUGGACAAUGACCUGGACUCCUCCCUGGCCAACCUCGUGGGCAAUCUGCAGUUUGGGGGAACACCAGCCAAAAAUUUGUUGUUUGGCGCGCCCACGUUCAGACCCGACAUGCAGUGGACCCAGCAGGGCGAGAAGAAGCUGACCGGAGGCACCAACUGGCAGUCUAAGACCAUGAGCACCACCACGGCCUGGAACCCGGGGCCCAUGGGCCCCACGCCUAUGCCUGUGCCACACAUGAAUGGAAUGUUCUAUACUGGUUAUGCUCCUGCUCCGAUGGCUUUUCCCAUAGCGACACCUCAAGUGCCUGUGUAUGGAAUGGUUCCGCCUCAGAUGGGGCAGAUGGGCGGGGUCCAGAUGAUGGCGCCGCAGCCAAUGAUGUACAACCAGCCUGUUCUCAGACCCACCAACCCCUUCGCCCCCAUCCCCGGAGCGCAGAUGCAGUUCAUGUAGUAACCAGCAAGGGACUAGAACACCCGACGCAAUGGCGGAGUCCAACCAGGAGGAGCGAAGAGAGACAGAAACGAGAUGGCAAGACUUGACACCAAAUACAGGGGAGGGAAAGAGAAGACGAGCGUGCGCUGAGGAAGACUGGCUCGUGCCGCGCCCGCUCACUUCCUGUGUCUGAAACAGCUCCUCCCACCCACACGCCCAGCUCACGCCGCGCCCCCUCCGCCCACAGUCACAUGACCGCAUACCCGCUUUUCAUUUUCAACUAAUUUGGGAUUUCUUUUUUUUUACGCAGUUACAUUUUAUAGAAAAGGGGCAUGAUAGGUUAGGUGGCACUGAUCGCCACUGAGCAGUAUAUAUAUAGAUAUAUAUAUUUAAAGUUUGUGGUGAUUUUAUGUCCUGGUUUAGUGUUCUGUUUUAGGUUUGGGGUUGGGUCAUUAGGUCACUUCUGGUUCCUGUGGAUGAAUCUGUUACAGCAGUAUUGGUGCUUUUGAGGAGGUGUAACAGCGCCCAAAGCUCUUACUGGGGCCUACCAGGGAGGCCUGCCUGCUCUGUGUGCAAGUCUUGUCCACGAGGAUCCAGUUUUGGCUGGCUUUGUCGGCCUCUUUUGAAACCUUUGCUAUUUUGUUUCCCACGUCCAGACUACAGAAUUGAUUCUGAAAGUAAAGAGUAAAUGUUAAUGUUGAUGAAAUGAGUGUUUGUUUGUUUUUUAAGGUCAGUUGUUGUCGGGAAAGGGCUAUCAAGAGUUGGCACACUGUUUCCUCAAAGCACUUGAGCUAGACUAUGUUAACCUCUCUGAGGACCAUUUAGAGUUACUAAAAUGUGGGAUAAAAAAGUGUUUUGACACGCGUUUCUUUAUGUUACUGAGGUGGUCACCUUUAGGGUUUGCCCCGGAAUCUUCUAAAAUAUAAAAUUUUUUUUUAGUUGGUCAUUUUUUUGCCCCCUAUUUCCGUUCCCGUCCUGCCCCACAGGAAGUGGCGGCGGCGUUUGCUGCGGCUCGCGUGAUUGGUUGAGGGGCGGCUGUUUCAGACAAACGUCAGAGCGCUCGCGGUGGGAGAACGCCGCCCGUGGACGCCACGAAGACCCGCUCUCCUCCUCUUUCUCUGCUCGCCAUCUCCGCCUCUGGAAAAGAGACUCCGAAAUAUGAUGUCAUUCCCUUUCUUGUGCUCUGUUGUAGCUUGUAAAUAAUGUUCUUCCUACAUGCCUGGAACAUGGAACCCCUCACCCCUGUGCCUGCCCCCCACCCUUACCCCUCCCUGUCUUUUUUAAGGCUCGCCGAGUUCACCUUUCCGUACUAAAUUAGCAUUUUCUACGAGGUUUAUUUGUGUAUUGGUUCUUCAGAAAGGAAGCGGUGAAGGUGUCCUUGAAUUAAUUUUUAUUUUUUAUAGCCAAAGCUUCAGUUUUUGCAGCGUAGAGUCUCCCCCCCUCCCCCCCCUCUCAGAAGCUUAGCAGCAGUCCAGAGUGGUCCAGAUAAUGGAUUUUGUUACUUUUAUUUUUUCAGGUUUUCUUGUGCUUUGAUUAGCAUGCUGUUGCCUGGACAACGCCUGUUUGGCAGGCGCCAGGCCCUUGAGCCACGACAGGUUUCCCCGGGUCUGCGUAGCAGCCCAGCUGAUGUAACCGCCACGUUGUCGUCUGGAUACGAGGCUCGGAUCAGUCCCUCAAGUAGCUUUUUGAAACAAAAGUGACUUUUUUGUUUUGCUUCCCCCGUUCCCUCAAGUGUCCUGCUUGAUAGGGAGGGGGGGGGGGUAUUUUUUGCACACUGACCGAGGUGAUUUUUUAUGAAAUGUCAGAGACACCCCAUCACUGUGUAAAGAGAGGGAGCAGGGUGCACACAUACUGAGGGGGGGGGCCUUGUUAUAUUACUGGUGUUGUCUUUGGAGGGUGGGGAGGGUAAUUUGGGGGCACUGGUGGGCUAGGAGGUGGGUGAUGGUCUGUUUGUGCUGGUGGGUGUUCAUGUUGUUGUCCUUGAUGUCUAAGAGACAUUAUAGAUCGUGUGUGAGACAGCAUCUCUGUUUGUACAGCAUUUAGCACAAAAUUGAAAAACAUCAAGGUAGUCAAAUAAAUGAUGUAACAAAAACUGCACAAAACUGAAAUGCCAAUAGCUGGAAUGUAGUGGGAGUGAGGGUAGAGAAAUAUUUUGUUUUAGGUAAUAUAAUGACCCUAAAAAUUGUUUGGUUUUCAAAAGAACACACAUUCUAUGCUUUUCUUUUUGAGAAUUUACUUAAGAAUUGACUAUCCUGUCGGUCGAAAGACCAGUAGAAUACAAAAAAACAGGGUAACGCCCCCUUCCCCCUCCCGAGUGAGAUUUCUGCACUCCAGUGUGUCCCGGCCUGGGCAGAUUUCACCCUUUUCCCCCCUCGCUCUCGUGGCCAGUCGUAGUCCCCGGUGAGUAGUCCUGUGCUGUAACGUGUCUGACCUGUCCGUCUGUCCGGUAGAUUAGUUCCACUCCAGCCCGAUUGGCUACUCAGGACCAUUCUGUUCCGUGAUUGGCUGUGGCUCUGCAACCCUGGAGCCACUCAGAUCACUUCUGUGCGUGUUUCCCGCCAAACGUUUUCUCACCAUGAAUGUUUCUGCUGUUAUGAAUCCUGUUCUAAACCGGAAGUAAGAGACCAGUUCUGUCGUGUUCACUCUUGUGCUCCACUCAAUGUGUCGGUGUAUGCCCUCGGUAGAUGAUAAAAGUUUCACGCGGUAAAGAUUUAAUCUUUUAUUUUUUUUUGUGGCUUUGGCAGAGGGUGAGUAUAGGCGUUUGUGGACAGUCCUAGCGCUUCACCAGGGGGGGUAAAAUGGCCGACAGCCGCUGGAGAGGAAUGGCCAAAUUUUUCCACAAAGCUCCUCUAUAAAGUAUGCAAACUGCAAUCAGAUUUUGGGGUGUUAAAACACAGAGGCUGAUUAGCACAGCUCGUCACGCCUUUUAUUCCCGAUCAGUCCCUUUUUAUACCGAUAUAUAGUCAGUCUUUUGCAUGGAUUCCAGUCCUACUGUUGUGGAGGAACUUGGUGUUCAGUGAAAAAGGAUUUGGGGUGAUGGGGAGGGGAGGGAGGGAGGAGGGGUCAGAAAGAAAGAGAGAGGGGAGGGGGGAGAGGGAGAGAGAGAGAGAGACCAGGAAAGAGUCAUGGCUUGGAAACUCCUUUCUCUGGCUGCAUGGUUAUGUGUUGUGUUGUUUCCCCUUUAAAAGCAUGAGCUUGAAUGUCGUGAAGUUGAUCAAGUGUGUGGGGCGGUCGUCCUGUUUUUGGGGAGCUGAAGAGACUGCCGAGACAUGGAGGCGAGACUCAAAAGAACAGCUAGGCCAAGCAUGGUAGUCUUUGCCCUUGCGCAGGUAGUCGCCGUUUUAAGGGAGGUUUUUCUGACUGGGCAGUUAACUGUCCACUCAUCAGACUCUGCACCCUGAUGUCACCCCUGUCACCGAACCUGUAAUAUAUGCAUACACAGUACAGUACUCGCAGCUGACAUACCUGAGGUGAAGCCACACCAGUGUUUCCAAAGAUGACAUCCGUCCUCAUCUUGUUGCAGGAGCUUGUUUCCGUACUCGCCUCUCUGGCGCCCUCUGUUGGUGACUGCGUGUCCUUCACGCGUCCGCCAGUCGUCUGGGUUUUUCCGUUCUAGCCUGUUACUCGUUACCAUUGCUGCACUUCUUAGCCUGAUUUCCACUGCAAGACCUUAGCGCUGGCUGCGGGUGGGCCGCGGGUGGUGACCUGAUUCAGUUCGUAAUGUGACAUUUUUGGAGCCAGUUGGAAGACCUGUACUUGAAUGCAUGGGGAUGUGAAUAGUGCACAACUGUGCCCUGCCUCUCUGUCGUCAGGGAAUAUUAGAAUGAGAAUGGAAUUGUUUGUUUUUGGGCACUCAUUUUGUAAGUGUUUAUGUCAAAUUGUAUGCACAUUUGUCAUUUUUUUCGCAAGUUUUUUUUUUUUUUUUUGCUCUUCUGUUUGCCUUGCAUAUUCAGUUUGUAUCCGUACUCUACAAUGCAUUGUUUUAUCUUUUAUUUUAUGGACGCAAGAUAUAUUUGCAUAAUAUAUAUAUAUACACAUACUCAUACGCACGCUAACAUGCACGCACAUACACACAUACACACACACACAAACAUACUCUCUCACACACAAACACACACACAUGCACUCAUGCACACUCACACACACACGCACACACUGAAAAACCAUUUAUUUGUAUUUCACUGAAGGGUGAAGAAGACUUCUGCUUGGUUCAGUUCAUCUUUGAUGCCAAAUGAUUUCCUCUGUUUGUGGUGAAUUUAAAGUCAGACCCAGACCGUCCAAAGGUUUAUUUUUUUUUCCUUUUGUACAUUUUUUAUUUAUAAAAGCAGAAUAUCAGGAUUUAAAUUAGCAUACAAAAACAUUACAGAAAAUCAUGGGCUUUUAUUUUCUAUGCAUAAAUAUUUCAUACGGGGUCACAUACAGUUUUGUUUUUUGGAAAAAACUAUAAAUAAAAAAAGUCAUUUGCCGUUCCUAAA